CCCCUACUCUCUCUCCACCUCAAUCUCCCUCCUUCGCGUUUUUUUAUUCCUAACUCUCUCUACCACCUAAACCUCAUUCUAUUCUUUUUUUCGUUUUAAUGGAUGAGUUAAACAGCAAGAAGCGGGCUAGGGACGACUCCAACGAGUCGGGCCUGGACUCGCCCGACGUGAAGAGACUCAGAGAUGAUUUAUUUCUUGAUGAUUCAGAUUCCUUGCCUCUUAAUCAAGACCUUGCAUCCGUAAUGAAGAGUUUUGAAGAGGAAAUAGCAGCUGUCCCAUCUACUUCAACGGGAUCUAUGCCAGUUGUGGAUCUCACUUCUGAUUCUAGUGACUCGCAACCUGAUCUUGGUUACCUUUUUGAGGCUUCCGAUGAUGAACUUGGUCUCCCUCCCCCUACGGCUUCCACAACUGAUACUGAAGGAAGGUCCGAAGCGACUGAUUUGGUGCGAGCUGACUCAAACUCCUCGGGAAUCGAUGAUUUGUGGGGGUUCGAGGAACAGAACCCUAACUACGAUUCUUUCGAGUUUGGAUUCGUUAAUAAUUUCAAUGAUGGCACCGUUGCAUAUGAUGCACUGUUCGAGUAUUCCGAUGUCUAUUACGAUUCCUCCGAUAUUUCUGGUCAACUAUGGCGGCCGGAAACUUUGUCGGCAGAGUAAAAAUCUAAACUUAAAAUCCAAAAAAAAGAGAAGAAAGAUAGCAAACCAAGCUAAACACAAGACAGUCAUAGCCGAUCUGUAAAUUUUUUUUCAGCUCAUGUUGUUCGUGUUGGAAAUUUUUUUAUUAAAGGAAGUUAUAACAUACAAUGUGGAGUAGAAAUUUGAAAUGGAAGAUGCUUGGGAGCCUUUACCAGACACAGUAUAAAUCAAUUGAUUUUGUUGCUAAAGUGGGGAUAGUGAUGAAAAUUGAUUUUUUUUUCUUCUUAUUUUGCACGAAUUCAGUCUCAUGAGUGUUGUAAAAAACGAGUUGCAAUGGAGAUAGGCGCAAAUCUUGCAGAUUUGAGAUAGUGAAAGAUUAGAAAUAGGAGGAGGGCAUGGGCCUGUGCAUUGGAUGGUGCCGUGCCGGAUCUCUCUUCUGAAGGGAUAAAUUGUAAUAUCUGAUCUUCCUUAAAUUUGGAUUUGGACAAUGUGAGAUGCCUUUGCUUCGAAUAAGGAAUUUAGUAACGUACCAA